AUGUCGAAAAUUGAAAAACGACGCCAUUUAUUUUAUCUAUCUAUCUAUCUAUCUAUCUAUCUAUCUAUCUAUCUAUCUAUCUAUCUAUCUAUUCAUCUAUUCAGUGUCACCAUAUCUUAUGAGGUACUCCAAACUAAUGCGGAUCGAUUACGCCCACUUAAUGAACUGCCUAUCCCUUAUGAUGAAGCUGAAUCUACGUCGAACUCUUCGUUUUCCUAUUACUCUCAAUGGAUACACAAGAUCAAACUCUUAAUCAUGGCUGACUCGUUUCUUUUAAAUCCCCAAUCUGUGAAAGCCUUCAAGAAUCUUAAGGAAGAAAUCGGAAGUGCUUUUCUUCGCAUUAUUGAAGAAAAUAUCCCCCAAGUAGUCGAGACUGGCACUUCUGGUAAAGCCCGGCCGUCUAGUGGCCAUCUUCUCACGAACAUUAAUCCGUCUGAACGAAAGUACGCUUCAGUAGAAAAGAAAGCUACAGCCAUUGUAGAAGCUGUAAAAAGGUGGCCCACUACUUACCUGCUCGACGUUUUACCAUCAUCACGGAUCAGCAGGCAGUGA